AUGUCACGAAACCUCGUGGCGAAGUGGAGAUGGGUGGUUUGCAAAGAGGACUGCCAGACUACCCAGCAUUUGGCUUGGUCGUUUGUGGAGGACUGGGGAACCCGCUGCAAAACCAGCACCAACUUUGACCGCUACCUCGUCACGCACUAUUUCAGGAAUCGUGGCCUGGAAUUCGCUCCACACAGUGAACCAAUGGGCUACUGCCACUUUGGUUUCAUCACAGCCCUGGUGGUUGCAGCUCAGUUCGAGUUCCCGCACUCGGUGGCGCAGGCUGGUCGGAUGCUCUUCCUUGCGCCCUGA